UAAAUCAUUGCUUUGAUCCGAUUUCGACUUGAAUAUUGGACAGUGUAUGGGAAACUUUAUACUUUGACAUGUGUGCUGUGGAUUCGGUUGUUAUCAUUGUUUGUUAUCAUUUUGACGUUGACAAUGUUCACCCGCAUGUUUCGCAAAUAUUUAUAUCAGUUAAUUGACAGUGGAUAGUGUUAAACUUGCUGACUCUCCUUUUUAUCGUGUUCAAUGUAAAACUGUUUUAUAAAUAAACAAUUAACAAUGCCAUCUUACGAAAAUAAAAUUAUUUUGGCGCCAAUGGUUCGCAUCGGGACAUUACCCAUGCGACUUCUGGCCCUUCGAUAUGGUGCUGAUUUAGUUUAUACUGAAGAACUAAUCGAUUGGAAGUUUUUAAGAUCAAAACGUAGAUAUAAUGAUAUUUUAAACACUGUAGACUAUGUUGAUCAGACAGAUGGUACAAUAGUUUUUAGAACUUGUAAUGAAGAAAAGGACAAAGUAAUACUGCAGUUAGGAACAUGUAGUGCAGAAAGAGCUUUAAAAGUUGCAAAACUAGUAGAAAAAGAUGUAGCAGCUAUAGAUAUAAAUAUGGGAUGCCCAAAAGAAUUUUCUAUCAAAGGAGGCAUGGGUGUUGCUUUAUUGGCCCAGCCAGAGAAAGCAUACAAUAUAUUGAAAACAUUGGUAGAUAAUUUAUCUGUAUCAGUUACUUGCAAAAUAAGGAUAUUGCAAACACCAGAAGAGACAUUGGAGGUUGUAGAGAAACUGGUGAGUUCAGGAAUUAAAGCAAUUGGAAUUCAUGGCAGGACGAGGGAUGAACGUCCACAACAUGCAGUUCACACAGAUGUAAUAAAGUAUGUUGCAGAAAGAAUUUCUGUACCAGUUAUAGCAAAUGGAGGUUCUAAGGAGAUUGAAAAGCAUUCUGAUAUUUAUAAAUUCAAAGAAAUGACUGGAUGUUCCAGUGUGAUGAUUGCAAGAGCAGCAGAAUGGAACUGUUCCAUUUUCAGGAAAGAAGGCUUGCUCCCAAUGGACACUGUCAUUGAAGAGUACCUUAAACUUGCUGUUGAGUAUGAUAAUUCACCAUCCAACACAAAGUAUUGUAUACAAAAUAUUUUAAGAGAUUUGCAAGAUACACCCAGAGGGAGACAAUUUCUAGAUUGUCAAACACUAGAACAAAUAUGUUCCAUUUGGGGCUUAGGGGAGUUUUGUAGAGAAACACAGGUCAGCUACCAGAAGAGGGGAAUACAAGGAAGAUGGCAAGUCACUCCAGAUGAUUUAGAGCCUCCUCAAAAGAAAAUAAAAGCACUUGACAUAGAUCUAACAGAUGUCAUUCAAAUGAAAAUAAGUUUUAUUAGAGCUAAUUUUAAUGACCAAACUUUACCAAAAUUCAAACUCCAUUCAUGGGCUGGUAAAAAUGGUCUUAAAUUGCCAACUUAUGAAACACAACAAGUUGAAAAAUUGUUUCGUACAAUAAUUACCUUCAAUGGCAAAAAAUACACAUCUUCUUUUUGGGAGAAAAACAAGAAAUAUUCUGAGCAAGGUGCAGCCUUAGUCUGCAUAUUUCAUUUGGGAUUAGUAACAGAAGAAGAUUUAAUUAAACUUGGCAGUAUAAUAAAAUAAUGUUUAUUACUCAUAGAUUUUUGCUUUAUUCCCAUAGUUUAUAACCUUUUCUUUAAUAAAUUAUAAAAGUAUGCCUUAUUUAUAUAAUUAGCAAUAACAAUAAAUUGUGAAAUGUGUUUGCAAAUAAAAAUUACAUUUGUUUUCUCAAACUUGUGAUAUUGUCAACUAACUUUUGGUUUAAUUCAUCUAACUUUGAAUUUAAUCCAUCUUGCCUCAUUACAUCUUCUUGCAGCUGCUUAAAAUUUUUAUAACUACAAUAUGCAUUGUGUAAACUUUCAUUUCCUUCCACUAAUUUAAUGGGAUGGUCCCUCGCCUGGACAAUUUCAUCAUCAAAUAUAUCUUCUAACACUUGUUGAGUAGUAGGAAUAUUAGGUACAGUAUACUUCUCCAUGAUCUUGAAAAAAUCGAUCUAAUUUUAUUCUAUUUGAACCCGAUGUCGCAAAGGGCUGCGUCAAUAAUC